AUGGAGAACCCGCAGGGCACGCCAGCAGACGUGCGAUAUGAAGGGGAUCGGUUCCUUAAAGUUACACCAAAUCUUUUCACCCAAGAAAGACUGCAUCUCUUUGAUUCUUUACAGCUCUAUACGUCACUGGUGAAAUGCAGUAAAUCCGUGGAACAAGGUGAAAGAUUGCAUAAUUUGAGUUGGAGAAUUGUUAAUAAAGCAUUGUUAAAGGACGGUAACGUUAACAGGAGUAAGAAAAGAGAUGGUGUCAAAAAUCUCUAUUACGUAGUGGCGCCUGGGAAAGCUAACGGUACGCCGACAGCUCCUGCAACUCCUGCACAACCUGCACAACCUGCACAACCUGCACCGUCAAAACCCGCACCAGCAGCUGUCCCGUCUUCAAAGCCUCCCGCUCCUCCUGCUCCUGCUCCUGCUCCUGCUCCUGCUCCAGCUCCCACGCCUGUGGCACCUACAAAACCCGCUAAUGCUCCUGUAUCAUUAUUCGGUAAACGAGAUCAGGCCUUCUAUAGCAGUGAAGAUGACGGAUCAGAUUGGGAUGGAUUAUCAGAGAGCGGAUCAAGCGACGAGGAAGGUAACUACGAUGAUGAAGAAGAGGAGGAUUCUUAUUAUAGAAAUCAAUGGGAUAGGUUACUGGAGAAACAGCCUCGUCAACAAGAACCGCUAAAGAAAAGUUUGUUAAGUGGGCUAUUUUUCAAUGAACAAGGCAGGGCAAGCAAAUCAAGUACCGUUUCACCCACUACUAGCACUACUAAUACACCUCAGCCUGCGCCCGUGCCGCAUGCAGCUGCCACAGCUACUUCUACAAGUAAUGUAACGGCGGUGGGGUCGGUGACAUCACCACAGGGAAGCUUAGCAACGGCAGUACCGACUGCAUUGUAUCGCCAAGGUUCGACCUCUAGAAGCAGUUUCAGCAGUAUUGUAUCGGAAUCCACAAGAGAAAGGUACUUACACGAGUCUAAUGCGCCUCCGGCUGCCCAGACUAUUCUGCCGCGUGCCCUAUCUACACACAUGUUUCUGCCUAAUAACGUUCAUCAACAAAGACUAGCUGCUGCUAUGGGCGAUGCUGACGUGGAUAAGAGCCCGUCGCAGUCGCCUCCGCUAGCAUUACGACUACAGAGGGUGGAAAGAAGAACAUCCAUGGAUAUCCCUGGCAAGAAAAACGGUUUCCUCAAGACCCGGAUGGAGAUAUCAGAAGAGGAACGACUGUCAAGGGCUUCAAGGCGAAAACUUUAA